AUGUCCCGUCACAAUUACACAAAUCCCGCAUUUUGCCAACAAAAUGAAUUCUACGAGGAACGAAGCGAUGGAACAGUGGAUAUUAUCAGCACAACUCCAUCCAAAAUGCAUCGAAGCGAAUCGCAACGUUCAUUUCACAAGCCCCAACAUUUGCAAAAAAACGUCUUUCAGCGUGUCAACAGCGAACGAAACCCAAAACAGCAGUUAAAAUACCCCCAACGUGAAUUACCUCCAAAACCUGGCCCCAAACCUCGCAUUGUCGAAGGAGGUCCUGCUUCAACAUCUCGUUACGGCUCAAUAACUUCCAUUUCAACAACGCACACAACGACAGGAAAAUACGCCCUCGUGCCUGUAGAAGAAUUGACGUCGAGCAACAAAGGUCGUUACGCCGUCGUGCCUCAAUCCGAGAUCGAAAUGUACUCAAAAACAGCGCGAAUUGUCAAAAGUCAGGAAAAUUUGGACCGAAUUUCGGAUCACGAAGACUUGGAUCGUCACAAUUUGUCAGCUGAUCAAUUCACGAGUCUCCCGCCGAUGGUAAAUGCGAGUAGCAAUGCGAACAUCACGACGCCCGGAAGACUCGUUUCGGCCUUUUCGACAGAUUUCGGGAGCAAAAGUUUCGUUUUGUACGACCAAAAAUCGAUGCAACGCUACGAAGUUGUCCCGACGGAGGAAAAUGAGGAACUUGUCGAUCCCAAUCACGAAAUAAUUCAGAUGCAAAAUGGCAGGGCGCAUCGUUACGCGAUGAUUCCAACGGAAGAAGAGGAAGAAACUUGCCUGAAUCCGCCUUAUGCGACCAUUAAACAGCAAUCGCAGGCGCAUCAACAACGUCCGGCAACUCGGGGAUCGACAGCGACGUUAAAUAAUCGCUCGCCGGUGCGUUUUAUUCCCGCCCCGAACGCUACGGGCAACGUAACUCCGCGAAAAAAUCCAAUUGCGACGCAAAAAUUGCAUGAAAUCCUCUCGACGCCGCAGAAACAGUUGAUCCGGCAGCAAAGUACGACACCGAGAAGCACUCCAGUUCGAACGAAACCUCCGCAACCGGCGAUUUUGACAAGCAGCACGCCAACAAGACACGAAUUUACGCCGCAGAAACUGGAUUAUGGGCAAGUUAAGCGCGCGACAUCGCAAAUGCAUCUGGAAACACGAACAACAGCGGUUAUUUCGCCGAGGCUUCAAAGUCAGUCGAUUUAUAGUGAAACGACGACGACAAACACUUCGUUCCUUGGGAAGUCGUGGAAUAGUAUUCAAGCGAAGAAAGCUGCUGGACCGGCGACUGUUGGAGCGAUUUCGUUGAUGUUGGUGCUUUGUGGAUUGUUGAAUGGCGGGCUUUCGUUGUAUUUGACCUGGAAUAAUGGGCGAUCGUAUUUUUUGGAUACAAGUUUCAUCUGUGGAUUGGCAUGUCUUGGAUUAGGAGCUCUUGGAUUCAAGUCUCGACAAUGUAAUUGGUUGCCGAAUAGGAAUUAUAUUUCAGGAUACUUACUUGUAACAGUAUUUUCCAUCCUCGACUGCUGCGGACUCCUCGCUUUACUCAUCUUGAAUCCCUUCCCCGGAUUUCCGCAACACGAUGUCAUCUCCGGAGUCAUUCUCGGCUUAUCUGCUAUCACACUCGCCUUCAUUAGUCUCGGCGUUGUCAGUUCUCGUUGGUGUCGCUCAUAUCCGCCAGAUGCGAGAAUUGAACCCGUUUAAAAAAAUAUUCGCUAAAAUUUGUUGAUAAGAUAAGAAAUUUUUAAGUUAACGUAAUUUAUUCAAUUUUAUUUAAAAAAAAAUUUUUUAUUGAUAAACGCUUAUUUAUUUUUUUUUGCUUUGAUUGAA